AUGGGCCUGCGCAAACAGCCUCCACCGCGCCUAGAGAACAUUAGCAAGCCAAAAUCUCGAUCGGACGCACGCUCGCCAACAUCAGCCAGCUCCGCUUCAUCCUCCCACCGCCCCACUCGUUUAAACCGACUUCCCUCGGAGGACUCUAUAUACUCACCCGACCUCAAUACUUCGCCCGCAUUCGACUUGAUGCCGCUAGAAGAGGCCCAAAGGUCGCCAGUCGGGUCACCGACCAACCACCCGCCAAGUUCGUGGCCAGAACACACCACAAGAACAGAUUAUGGCGGCGGUGGUCAUUAUAGCCAGUAUGACGGGGCAUACCAAGACUAUGGGAAUAAUACCGGUCAAAUUCCACCUGCCUUGAUUGCAGGCCAGCACACAGGAGCCUCUGAGAACGUGUGGCGGUCCAAUCCCGAUACCGCCGAGGGUUUGACGGGCGAGCUGCCGUUACGGCUUCAAUCGAACAACCCUUUCUUGAAGCCCAGGCCUGCAGAGUAUACUCAGGAUUUGUUGGAUAGGAAUGACUGGGGACGUAACUCCCAGGCGACUACUAAUAGUGAAGCGUUGAGUCAUACGGAUGGAUAUAUCCCAAUGACUGCACGUUUAUCUCUCCUGGAUGAACCGCAACAAUCACCAUGGGAGGAGCCUCAAACCCAUUCUGAUCAAACCCAUUCUGAUCAAAUUCAUCUCGAUCAACGCCCCGUGUUGGGAGGCCACCACCUUGACGACAACUCACCAUGGGUAUCUCAACAGUCCAAUAAACACUCCGCCCCGCAAGAGAUGUACCUACAAGCAGUACAGUCUAAUCCAUAUGCUCCACCAAUUGUUUUAGAGCCACACAAAUCGCCCGACGGGACAGAAUAUGCUCAUGUGCAAGACAGCCAAUCGUACAAUCCGGCCAGGCUAGGAUCGGAUGCUGGAAUCAAGACUCCCUCUGUUGCGCUCUCUAAUGCAACAUCAGCCACAUCUCAUGAGUUAAUAGAUUUGGAUGUUCCAGGUGCGGGUGGCAAUUUGGGAGCCAGGGCUGCGUAUCGUGCCGGAUCCUCGGUAUACUCAGAGCCUACAUCCAAAGACGCGAAGCCUGUAUCAACCCCCCAGCCCCAACCCAGCCCCGUUCUAUCCGCCGAGGAGGCUGCCCGACAAAAGGAGCAAAGGUCGGAAACAUAUACAAUCCGACAUGUCCGAUGGACCCACAAGAGUGGCGAGCUAAUCGAAUCUCCUAUUCUGGUCCAAAAUCAGAACGGGCCAUGCCCAUUGCUAGCCCUCAUAAACGCAUUGGUUCUACGCGCAGAUCCAAAGACCCAGCCUCCGAUCGUCAGAGCUCUCUCAACCCGCGAGCAAAUAUCUCUGGGGCUGCUGAUUGAGGCCAUGUUUGAAGAAUUGAUAACAUGUUUGAGUCCUGAUGAGGAGUUCCCAGACAUUGAGGCCCUCACCCAAUUUUUGACCAUGCUACAUACCGGUAUGAAUGUCAACCCGCGGCUGACACUGAACUCUACUGAGGGACUUGGAACCUUCCUCGAGACCAGCGACCUCCGAUUGUACAGCACAUUUGGUAUACCUUUGAUUCAUGCUUGGUUGGCUUCUUGGUCUAGUCCUACCCAUGCGGCAAUGUCACGAACUGGUCAAUACUACGAGGAUAUACAAAUGCUACCCUUCCGCCGCCAAGAACUCGAGGAUCGAGCCACCCAAGGCGAGCCACUCACAUUUGAAGAAGAAAGCAUCAUGGAAGACAUACAAACGAUCCAGCAAUUUGUAGAAUUCGAAAACGCGACACAGUUGAGCCCAUUUGGUUUGACACAACUCUCGACUAGGCUUGCGCCAGGCUCGGUCUCUAUCCUGUUCCGCAACGAUCACUUCUCGACUCUUUACAAACACCCACAGUCUCAUCAACUAUACACCUUGGUUACCGAUGCGGGGUACGCGGGCCAUGCUGAAGUAGUCUGGGAAUCCCUGGUCGAUGUGACGGGGUUCAACACGGAAUAUCACUCUGGCGACUUUCGUCCUGUUGGCGCUUCCCCAUCUGCCCCAUCUAUCCCGGCUGGUCCACGAACAUCCAGUAUUCCAAGGGAUGACCCCCGAACCUCAAAUGGCGCUACCCCAUCCCCAGAACCCACCCAAGAGCAAAGUGACGCGGACUAUGCAUAUGCGCUUUCACUUCAGUUUUUGGAAGAAGAGCAAGGUGAAAACGAUAGGUCUGAGGAUUGUGGUGAACAUCGCACUUCUGCCCCGAAUAGUCCCUCUACUCGCCCGUCACUUCCACCUCGGAUGAGCAACCUACCUACCCGAUCUUCAAGCACGGCCACUGGGCUCCGAACUCGACCAGAACCUCAACAACACCAAGAGCUCGACCCUGAUGAUCCAAACGCACCUCCCCCGCCUUACGAGCAAGCCGCAGGGGGUCCUCGCUACUCACACCCCGACAGAAGGUCCUACAGCGGUGCUCAGGGCAAUCAGUACCCCGGCAGAAAUUCGAAUCGCCCACGCACUUAUACCACGGGCGCUGAUCGAAUGAACAGAGAUCGAAACAAAGACUGUAUAGUGAUGUGA